AUGGCAAACAUAAUCCAGAAUGUUAUUGUGGUCGGGGCUGGUGGCACCAUAGGCCCUAUUUUCAUCUCUAAGCUUCAGAAUGCAGGUUUGAAUGUUUCAGUCCUUGCUCGUGAGGCUUCCAAAGGUACUUAUGCGUCCGAUAUUACUGUCCAUCGGACAGAUCUCAGUCAUUCAUCUCUUGUAAAGGCUUUCCAGGGAAUCGAUGCCGUCGUCUCCGCGAUCGCAACUUUCAACGUCCAUGAUCAAAUCGCUAUGAUUGAUGCCGCGGUUGAGGCCAAAGUGAAGCGCUUUCUACCAAGUGAAUAUGGUGGCGACGACUCAUUACCUGAUCUAGAGAACAUUGCCCCAUUUCUUUUCGGAUAUGGUCAUGGCCUGAUGGGUUUUUACUUUGAUGACCUGAAAGUUCAGUUAUUCGACAAGGGCCUAAGACCUCUCGACGCCACUACUAUGAAUCAAGUCGGCCUAGCGGUCGCCGCAACCUUUCAACACCUUGAGGAGACAAAAAAUAAGCGGAUAUAUGUCAAGUCUUUUUCUGUUUCUCAGGCUCAGAUUGUCGACACCUUUGAGAAACUUUCAGACAAAAAGUUCAAGAGACUUGACGGAAGUGCCAAGAAGUUGAUUGCCGUUGGUAAGAAGCAUAUAGAAGAAGGAAACUGGGAUCUUGGAUAUCCAGAAUCAGUUACAGCAGCCCUUUACUCAGACACAGGCUUUGGCUACUCUUCAGGACGCGCAUGA